GCGCGCAGGAAAACCUAAUGGGCUGUCAGAUGCGAUCCGGAGUAACAAGUGGAUUAACAUUUUCAGAUUUUCUCACCGUGGCAGGUCUUCCUACCAUCACUAUCGGAGAAACGCAGCUCGCGCGCAGCAUCAGGACCAUGGACUCCGAUACAAGCCGAGUGUCCAGCAGGCCGUCCUCUCCGGAGGUGGACGACAUCUUCAUCUCCACCCUGAAGAAGUCCGUGCACGGCUUUUCCGCCGCCGUGUCCUCCACACAGAGCGACUCCCCCUCAGACAUCCCGGGGCUCCGCGGCCUCUCUGCCGCCGACGAGGAAGCGCUGGCUCUCCGGAUGGCGUCCAAGAAAGAUCGCAAGUUGCUGUCGGAAAACGAGCUCCAGGCGAUCCGCCUGAAGAUCAACAGCCGCGAGAGGAAGCGGAUGCACGACCUGAACGUGGCCAUGGACGGGCUGCGGGAGGUGAUGCCGUACGCGCACGGACCGUCGGUGCGUAAACUCUCUAAAAUCGCGACUCUGCUGUUGGCGAGAAACUACAUCCUGAUGCUGAGCAACUCUCUGGAGGAGAUGAAGCGGCUGGUGAGUGAGAUCUACGGAAGCAGCGGACAUCACGGCGGCUUCCACCCGUCAGCUUGUGGGACUAUGACGCACGCGGGGCCGGUUCCGGGGCACCCGGCGGCUUCCCACGCAUCACACCCAGCGGUGCACCACACUCUCCUCCCGCCACCGGCCGUUUCCACCGCCUCCCUGUCCGCUCCCGGCAUCUCUGCAGUCACUUCCGUCAGACCCCAUCACGGACUCCUGAAAGCGCCCGGAGCCGCUGCGGGGCCCCUAGGCAGCAGUUUCCAGCACUGGGGCGUCGGUACCGGCAUGCCCUGUCCGUGCAGCAUGUGCCAAGUCCCGCCUCCUCAUGUGUCCAGCAUGAGCUCCGUCACCAUGCCGAGGCUGGCAGGAGACUCCAAGUGACUCUGAACUGGACGGAACUUUUUCUGGACUUUGUACAAACUUUUUAUUUAUCCUGUAAGGAGAAUCCGAGCUGGCUCAGACCAAUGACUGCUUUUCUUUACUGUGACAUCAGGUUUUACCACCAACUUAGGGUGUCACAAUUAAUCUUUAUUGUACCAACUUCAGCUGCAUCCUAGAAAACAACAGACUCCUCACGUCAUUUAGUUCUUUCCCUCUCAUCCAUUGGUCCCCAAAGCAACGAUAUAGAGUGUAAAUAUGUAGAUGGAUUAUUGUCUUUAAUAGCUGCAGAUGUUAUAUAUUAAAGAGUCUGUGUGCAGAGAGACUCCCUGUCCCAUCAUGCACCUGCUCUAAUACCAUUUGUCGUCCUUCAUGAUUUUGUCUCCCUCUUCCUCCGCCCGACACCAUCGGUGACCAAUUCUUUAUUUUGUAAUAAAAAAAUAAUGAAAUGUUAUUUAUUUACUUAUUUUGGCGGAAAUUUCUGGUGAAUUUCUGGUUGCAUUUUGGGGUUUGAAAUGUGAAACAAUAAAGAUGAUUAAUUAAAAAGGA